UAAGCAUAAAAAGGCAUUCUUUUGAUACUUUCAUUCAUAGUUCUUCUUCUUCUCCAUUUUUCUCACCAUCGAUUCUUAGCGGUGAAAAUGGUAAAGUGUUUCUCUCUCAUCAUCGCUCUCUCCCUCCUCGUAGCAUCGGCGAUCGGCAAAGAGGUCAUUUCCGGAGAAUCGGAUGGAGAUUUUAUAAUCCGUCAGGUUGUGGAUGGCGGAGGAGUCAACGGAGCAAGUAACGGCGACGAUCUGCUACUCGGAGCCGAGCAUCACUUUUCGGUCUUUAAGCAAAAGUUUGGGAAGUCGUACGCUUCCAAGGAGGAGCAUGAUCACCGGUUCAGGGUAUUCAAAGCCAAUCUGAAGCGAGCUCAACGCCACCAGGCUCUUGAUCCCUCUGCUACUCAUGGCGUCACUCAGUUCUCUGAUUUGACUCCUUCGGAGUUCCGGAGAUCGUUUCUAGGGCUUAGAAGUCGUCGUCUUGGACUCCCUGAAGAUGCUAAUAAGGCCCCUAUUCUUCCUACUGAUGGUCUUCCGGCUGAUUUCGAUUGGAGAGAUAAAGGUGCUGUCACGGAAGUCAAGAAUCAGGGUUCGUGCGGAUCCUGCUGGAGUUUCAGUGCAACAGGUGCUCUUGAAGGCGCCAACUUCCUUGCUACCGGAAAACUUGUUAGCCUUAGCGAACAACAGCUUGUAGAUUGUGAUCACGAGUGUGAUCCAGAAGAAAAAGGUUCCUGUGAUUCUGGCUGCAAUGGAGGGCUAAUGAAUAGUGCAUUUGAGUACACAUUGAAAUCCGGUGGACUUAUGAAAGAGCAAGACUAUCCAUACACCGGUACAGAUCGAGGAACCUGCAAAUUUGACAAGAGCAAAAUUGCUGCAUCAGUGGCCAACUUUAGUGUUGUCUCCCUUGAUGAAGAACAAAUUGCUGCCAAUCUCGUGAAGAAUGGCCCUCUUGCAGUUGCUAUCAAUGCUGUAUUCAUGCAAACUUACAUAAGAGGGGUUUCAUGCCCUUACAUUUGCUCAAGGCAUUUGGAUCAUGGAGUUCUGUUGGUUGGUUAUGGAUCUGAAGGAUAUGCUCCCAUCCGGAUGAAAGAUAAACCAUACUGGAUCAUUAAGAACUCCUGGGGAGCCAACUGGGGGGAGAAUGGAUACUACAAGAUCUGUAGGGGUCGCAAUAUUUGUGGAGUCGAUUCCAUGGUGUCGACAGUUGCUGCAGUUCAUACCGCUGCAAACUAAAAUGAUUCUCACAUCCAUAAUUCCUGUAUAUAUUGCUUGUCACUCUUUGGCAGGAAGUUGUUAAGUGCCAUUUCAAGCAUAGGAUGUCUCUCUUAAAAAUGGAAUUUAAACUCUGCUUUCUAUUUUAGAAACUUGAUAAGAAGUAGCUUUAUAUAUGCAUACUUCAUAUAUUUAGUUUAAGUUAUUGUGGGGACGAAAUGCUUGUAAGCAAAAAACAAGAAUCUGUUUAUGGAUUGUGGAUUGGUUGACCUACUCAUUUUGAUAUGGUGAUGCCAAUGAAAAAAAUAUCCCAAUGUAAAUGUCAAACAUUGAUAGAUAAUACUUUGCUUUUCUGAUGUUUCAA